ACAUCGCAACGUUCCAUAUUCCAAGAUUUGAUCGUCGAACGGGAUGGCGACAAGUGUGUGGUCACCGGGACUUUGAAUAUAGCUAACGGUCCACAUCCCCGCGACACUGAGGCUGGUGAAGGGUACCUCGAAGCUGUUCACAUCCUCCGGAGAUCGAUUGUUCAGAAGCCACGUAUGUUCUUCAAUUAUCAAGUUAAUAUACCCGUCCAGCUGAUUGUUCCGCAGUACAUCGCGGAAACGAUUGACAUAAUCAAGCAUUAUACAAAGCUCCCUGAUGAGAUUAUGGACGACCCAGCCGGUAUCAUCGAUAACCCAGAGAAUGGAAGGUCACUUGAUAUAGCACUGCAUCGUGGAUUCGACAGCUACACAUGGUGUCUACAGACUCUACACCCCACAGACGUCUUGCACAAAUACAAAGUGCACUGGCUACGCCAUGUCCCUUUGCACAAGGAGAUUUUCACGGAAGUGCAAUUCCGGGAUCACUCUCGAGAUGGUAUUCCGUUUCCCAACCCUACGUUCAUUGCGCUCCAUUCUGCGGUUGCUCAUGUCCUAUACAUCAGUGGCGCUGCAGAAGUCAUAGACAAGGUUUAUGAUGUGUUCUCUUAUGAAGGUCCUACAGUACCAUCUGGAAAUCGUGCUAGCGAGUAUGAUUUCCGUAUCAGACUCUCGUUGAUUGGCUAUUUUUAAAAACAAACACCGAUUACCAACGAUUCCUCAUGAGAUGUGUUAGAAGCUGAG